AUGCACGUUUCCAGCACUAUUCUUGCCCUUGGCCUUUCUGCUAGCUUGGUCUCUGCCACUGCCCCGCUAUUCGGAGUCCAACAAUCAGGCGAAAACUGCGUUAUCCGCGCAGACAACUUUGCUACCGGUUGCUCUGGCACUUCUGCUGCCUUUGCAAAAUUGAGCGGCAUCGAUUGCACAGCCGACGUUACCAAUCUUAACCCAACAAUCUGCGGUGAUGGUUCAUCAGUUCUCAUUGAACAGGAUGGUGACGAUGGAUUCAACAUUCUCAUGUUGGAUUCAACGGGUAACCCUUCGGGAUACUGCUAUGUGAGCGAUCUCAUAACUGGCAGUAGUUGCGACGCGACAGCAACGGGCUAUCCUUCAGCAACUGCGACUCCGAGCCAUGUUAUCGGCAAAUGA